UGCCCGGAAUCCGGGAGGUGGCGAGCGGAGCCCGGGUGGGGUGGACGUGACCGCGCCGGCCGCUGGCCACGCUCGGGUGUCCCCGGAGCUGGUGCCGCGCGGCUGGCGGCGCGCACACCCCGCUCCUCGUCACCUCUCCAGCUCCCCCGCACCUCGCGGGUCCCCCUUCCAGCCCCCGCCCCGCACCCCCACCUCGCGGGCGGGCGGCGCCGCUCUCGGCCUUUUUUGGGCGUCUCCUCCUCCGCGCCGCGGACCCGCUGGCGGCCGAGGGAGUCCGAGGCGACCCCGGGCUCGGCGUGAGCAGCCACCAUGACCGGAAGCAACAUGUCCGACGCCCUGGCCAACGCAGUGUGCCAGCGCUGCCAGGCCCGCUUCGCCCUCACUGAGCGCAUUGUCAACAGCAACGGGGAGCUGUACCACGAGCACUGCUUCGUGUGUGCCCAGUGCUUCCGGCCGUUCCCUGAGGGGCUCUUCUAUGAGUUCGAAGGCCGGAAGUACUGUGAACACGACUUCCAAAUGCUGUUUGCUCCGUGCUGCGCAUCCUGCGGCGAGUUCAUCAUCGGCCGCGUCAUCAAGGCCAUGAACAACAACUGGCACCCAGGGUGCUUCCGCUGUGAGCUGUGUGAUGUGGAGCUGGCUGACCUGGGCUUCGUGAAGAAUGCGGGCAGGCACCUCUGCCGGCCUUGCCACAACCGUGAGAAGGCCAAGGGCCUGGGCAAAUACAUCUGUCAGCGGUGCCACCUGGUCAUUGAUGAGCAGCCCCUCAUGUUCAGGAAUGACGCCUACCACCCGGACCACUUCAGCUGCACCCAUUGUGGGAAGGAGCUGACUGCCGAGGCUCGUGAACUGAAGGGUGAGCUCUACUGCUUGCCCUGCCACGACAAGAUGGGCGUCCCCAUCUGCGGGGCCUGCCGCCGACCCAUCGAGGGCCGCGUGGUCAAUGCGCUGGGCAAGCAGUGGCAUGUGGAGCAUUUUGUCUGUGCCAAGUGUGAGAAGCCAUUCCUGGGGCACCGGCACUAUGAGAAGAAGGGCCUGGCCUACUGUGAGACCCACUACAACCAGCUCUUUGGGGACGUCUGCUACACCUGCAGCCGCGUCAUAGAGGGUGACGUGGUGUCGGCCCUCAACAAGGCCUGGUGUGUGAGCUGCUUCUCCUGCUCCACCUGCAACAGCAAGCUCACCCUGAAGAACAAGUUUGUGGAGUUCGACAUGAAGCCCGUGUGUAAGAAGUGCUACGAGAGGUUCCCGCUGGAGCUGAAGAAGCGGCUGAAGAAGCUGUCAGAGCUGACCUCCCGCAAGGCCCAGCCCAAGGCUAUGGACCUCAACUCUGCCUGACAGCCAUCCGCCUGCACAGCUCUCCCUCCUCCCUCUCCCAGGGCCUCGCCUUUGCCCCUCUGCUGGCUUCCCUCUCUGUCACCUCCCACUCUGCUUCUGCUCUCUGAGGCCUCGUGUCCUCUUUUCCUCCGCAGAUCCCUCCCCUCUGCUCUGCUCAUCAUUUCCUCUUUCUGUGUCCCUGCUCUCCUUUGUCCCAGAGCCUCUCUUUUUCUUCCUUCUAUGCAGGGGCAGGGGACAGAGGCAGGGGCCUGACAGCCACGUCCACCUGUGCCCACAGCUUCAGCCCACAGUCCUCCAGGGACAGGAGCAAAUCAGGUCCUGGGGUCCCCCGCCCCUGUGUAGACAACAGUCCCAACCUGUCCUGUCCUGACCUGUCCCUCCCCAGAGGAGCCUGAUGGCACACUCUCCCGUGGGAGCCUCCACCCCACAGUGGUCCCACUGUAUGCAUGUGGCACCUGAGAUGCCCAUGGCCAGGGCCACACAGUCAGAGGCCUAUGGGAGCCACUCUUCAAUCCUUAGCCACUCACUCAGCCAAGAUCGCUGUGCCCAAACUGGGCCGGCAAGUCCUGCUCUCCCACCACAAACUGGCUGGAGCAGCCAGGACCCCACUCCCCCUGUCACUCACUAGGCCUUCCUAAAGUCCUGCCUUGGCUGCCCGACCCUAGCCCACUGCAGUUCCCUCUCCCCUGCUGCAGGGCCUGCAUCCAGCCUCUGGGCAUGGCCAGGGACCAGGGGGCAGUGGGGUCGGGUGGCUCAUCCUCACCUCGUCCAGGGAGGACACUUCCUCCAUGGCCAGCGCAGACCUGGCAUUGGGGCUUAUGCUUGCACAAUGAAGGCUUAUACACACAA